AUUUAAGAAGAGGUACACGAAUACAUACCUUUUCCUAUCGCUGUUUAUUUUGGGGGCGGGGAUUAAGGGGAAAAGGGGGGGGGCCGUUAAUUGAGAACGACUAUACUUAGGAUUAAGGUACUCAUCCCGAAACUAAGUUCAUAAAUUGAUCACAUCAAAACCGACGCCUGGUGAUAACUAGUCUUCUAAACAGAACGUCCCCUCUCCCCCUUAGACUUAUAACCCUUCUAAAAAGGAGCCCGAAGGAGUCCAUUUGAUGGUCCGAGCUUUGCUAAUUUCACCCUUGCAAAACAUUAAUUAAAGGACGCCACUAAAAAUAGCUCCAGACACAGAGCUAUCUUUAAGUCCCCAUUCGGAAAAACAAAUGUUUGCAUCCGUGUGUAUAUUUUCAUGGGGUAUCGAAACGAGUCCCCUCGAAUUUCAUUAAGUCUCAGGAGCCAAUCUGAACAUGCAUGCUAAUUAGCUUAACUCCCUCAAUACUCAAGCCUUUGUCGCAGGCAAAGAGAUCCGUUCAGGAGCCGGACUACAAAACCCACAAUCCCCCUACCCACCCUGAUCAAUGAGGGCUUAUUUAAAUAAUCUGUGAGCUUUUGGAUCCAGGCCAAUCAGCUGUCAGGGCUCAUGAUAAAUCGCAAUGCAUUAUUGAUAAUCAUAAUUACUCUGACAUGCGCGUUCCGGCCGAAGGGGGUUAUUUCCCAACUCUAGGAAUUUGUUGUGAAGGGGAAAAUAAUUGCUUCAAUUUUGCUCCCGAUGCUCGAACCAUGUCGAGACGCAAGCAGGCGAAACCCCAGCACAUCAACUCUUCCGAAGAACCUCAGCAGCUUCCAGAUGCGGCAGCCUGCUCUUCGGUCGCCGCCGCUUCCUCAGCUACGACCCCAGCUGCCGUAGCAGCAGAGCACGGUGGUCUACCAAACUGCCCUGGAGAUGAGGAGGGAGUAAGAGGAAGGGUUAAACGAUGUCGAACUGAGGAAACUAAUAUCUGUGAGAAAUGCUGUGCAGAAUUCUUCAGCCUUUCCGAAUUCCUGGAACAUAAGAAAAAUUGCACUAAAAAUCCACCUGUCUUAAUCAUGAAUGAUAGUGAGGAGACAACACCUCCUGAAGUCUUAACAGAAGUUAUCCCAGCCCCAUCAGAGAAUUUUCCAGUCGAUCGUUUGGAAAGUCAUGGCAAUAAAGACAGUCGUUCAAAGAAUUGCACUGGUUCUGUGGACAAGAAAGAUAAGUCUGGUGUGGAGGCAGGAACCUUUCUCAAAACAGAGCCUACAACCCCUUCUACACCUCAUGGGAUAAACUAUUUAUCAAAAGGCAAAGUUCCCAACACUAAUGUGACUUUACAAACACUACGAGGGACCAAGGUAGCUGUGAAUCAGAGGAGUGCUGAUGCCGUAUCUUUACCAGUCCAGGGCUUUGGCGCCUUCCCCAUGAUCCUGGAACAGCUAAUGAGUCUACAGCAACAACAGCUUCAGCAAAUCCAACUUACUGAGCAGAUCCGUGUGCAGAUGACCAUGAUGGCCACCAGUGGCCAGCAUGCAUCAGUGUCUCAUGGUUCUGACCCUUUGAAAACCCUGGGCUCUCAUAUGUCUCAGCAUCUCUCCACUCCUUUGGCUUUAGUUGGACAAAAGGCUGGCAGCCAGAACCUGUCACUGGAAUCCUUGAAACAAGGCAAACUACCUCAUGCCAAUAUAGGCAUCCCAACUGCUGGUUCAGUGACCUCUGGACUACCAUCUUUCUCUUUGAAGUCUGAUACAAAUAGGAUCCUUCCUAAUGCAUUGUCUCGACUUCCAAACCCUUUACUACCUCAAUCAUCAGGCUCAGUUCUUUUCCAGAACCCAUUCCCUUCUGCGUCUUCAGUGUCUAAUGUGUUAGACCCAUCCAAGAAAGGGAAGGGGAAACCUCCCAAUAUUACUGUUUCUGAAAGUAAAUCAAAUGCCGAGGAGCCCUUCUUCAAGCACAAAUGCAAGUUCUGUGGCAAGGUGUUAGGAAAUGACAGUGCUUUGCAAAUUCAUCUCCGUUCCCAUACUGGGGAGAGACCGUACAAAUGUAAUAUCUGUGGCAAUCGCUUUACCACUAAGGGGAAUUUGAAGGUUCAUUUCCAGCGCCAUAAGGACAAAUAUCCCCAAAUAAAAAUGAAUCCCCAUCCAGUCCCUGAACACCUGGAUAACCUGACAAGUACCAGUGGGAUCUCAUGUGGAAUACCUGUGCCCAUGGAUGAAUCAAAUCUGAUUGUGGACAGCAAACCUGCACUGACUACUGGGAACCUUUCCUUAGGCUUACCUCAAAGUCUGACCCCCAAAGACUCUCUUGGUGCUUUUUCCAACGAUCUAUCAUCUAGGCCUUCCCCAGAGAGUGAAGGGGGUUCCACCUCAUCUGGUGUGGCCAGUAAUGAAUCUGGGACAGAGCACAGCUUGAGUUCCCCACAAGCUGGUAGUAGUAUUAGUGGUUUCUCAGGUAGUGGGGCCACUGAGCAGGGGUCUGAGACUUUGAAGUUACAACAGCUGGUAGAAAAUAUCGAUAAGGUUACCAGUGACCCUAAUGAAUGUAUCAUUUGUCAUCGAGUUCUAAGCUGCACAAGCUCUUUGAAAAUGCAUUAUCGCACUCACACCGGGGAGAGACCAUUCAAAUGUAAGAUCUGUGGAAGGGCUUUCUCCACAAAAGGCAAUCUUAAGACGCAUUAUGGAGUUCACCGAGCUAACACUCCUUUAAAAAUGCAACAUUCUUGUCCAAUUUGCCAAAAGAAAUUUACCAAUGCUGUAGUGUUGCAGCAACAUAUCCGAAUGCACAUGGGUGGCCAGAUUCCUAAUACCCCUAUGCCUGAGAAUUCCUGUGACCAUGUUGAUAUGGAUCCAACUGUUAUCAGUGAGAAAAAUGAGGAUGUUAUUGCCAGUUGCAUUGAUGAAACCAUUGAAAGCAUUGCUGAUAUGGAAGACUUGGACUCCCAAGAUCCUCCUAGUGGUUCCUCUAAGCCCUCUACUCCACUUAAUGAAAAUCAGUCUGAAAUGCCUGCUGUGGCCUUUACUGGCAUCUCAGUAUUGGAAGCCCCGGGGAAAAUGGGCAGUCCAUCUUUGAGUCUUCAGAGGCAAAGUAGCCUGAAGUCAAGUUCUGCAGAAAGUGAUGGCAUGACCAAUGAUUCUUCGUCUGUAAUAGGAGAUCAUGAUUAUCAAAAUGGCCGAAGUCCAGAGUCUGCAUCAUUCCAGGCAUUAUCUCCAGCAAAUAGUCAAGCUGAAAGUAUUAGGUCCAAGUCACCUGGCUUAAUCAAUCAUGAUGACAUGGGAAAUAAGACAGAAGGACCAGAAAACCCUCCAGCAGAAACUGAAGGUGAUGGUGCUUUGGAUUUAACUUAUGCCAAUAUUGGCCGAAAGGUCAUCAAGGAAGAGCCUGGGUUAAAUUUUGCAAAUGGGGAGUAUGGUCGUGGUAGCAUUCCUACCACCUUUGUCAGAGUGCCACCAGCCUUGAUCAAAGCUGAAGCUCCUGGGGAACGGCCCCUUAGCAAUAGCCCAUUUCCUGGAUCUCCUGCCCUGUCUCCAGGGGUAGCACCUUUGCUAGUGGCCCAACCUCGGCGCACUGCCAAGCAGCACAUUUGUACCACUUGUGGAAAGAACUUCUCAUCAGCCAGUGCUCUUCAGAUUCAUGAGCGCACUCACACUGGUGAAAAGCCUUUUGCAUGUACCAUUUGUGGAAGGGCCUUUACAACUAAAGGAAAUUUGAAGGUCCACGUUGGAACUCACAUGUGGAAUAACUCUGCUAGACGUGGAAGAAGACUGUCUAUUGAUAACAUAGCAUUGCUGGGUAAUGAUGUCAAGAAAGUAUCUGAGAUGUUUCCAAAGGAUAUAGUCCCUCCUGCAGUGAAUCUUGACCCCACAGUUUGGAACCAGUAUGCAGCUGUGAUUAACAAUGGCUUAGCGAUGAAGACUAAUGAGAUAUCAGUGAUUCAAAGUGGUCCUAUUCCUGCCCUACCAGUUCCUAUCAGCGGUGGAGGAUCUGUAAUGAAUAAUGCUCCCGUCUCCAAGAUAGAUGGGUCACAGUCCGCGAUUAACCCUGAUGUUAUGGAGAAAGCUAAUGCUACUGAUAGUGUCCCAAAACAUCAAUUCCCUCAUUUUCUGGAAGAAAACAAGAUUGCAGUCAGCUAAAAAGGAAGCCAGAAUGCAGGCGAAGCAAAUAUACACUUUAAAAAAAUAUUCCAAUCCAAUUUCUUGGGAUUUUUUGUUUUGUUUUUACUAUCUAUGUGCAAAUGACUGUAGUUGUCUUUAUACUCUGGGCAGCUCUACAAUCAUGGUGUUGCUUUGCAAAAAAAAGAAAAACACAGAAUAGCAGUUAUUCUAUUUGAAAAGAUGCGGGUCUUGCAAAGUAGCUUUGUUAUUUAAACUAUAGUCUUAUUACAAGCUAUAGGAGUUAUACAUCCAAAGAUUAGUAUUGCCUCCAUUGCUAUUUGUUGUCAAUGAAGUGAGACAAGACAACCCUGAGCAGUAAUGGAAAAAAACCAAAACUUUACAUGGGCUACUGUUUAUGCGGGUAAAUAUUGUAGAAGGUCUGCCAUCCUUUUUUAGAGUUAGACUUGUUUGUGGGGUUUUUCCCACUUCUUGAAUGUAUUUUUUUUCAUUUUGUAAACUAAGGUUGCAGAAUGAAGACUCAACCUUUGCAUCUGAAACAAGGAAAGGCCUUUCUUUACUGGACUUGUUCAUUCCCUAAGGAAUUUACUGUUAUGUGUUGGUUGCUGCUUAUUUAAGAACAGUUCAGCUAGCACCCCAAGAGUGCCAAAGCUAGCUCUUCAGGUUCUCUUACCACUUUAUAAUUUUGCCAAACACUGAAGGGAAAAUUCUCUGCAUCUUCUCCCUCCUCCCUCCCCGAAUAAGGGGCUCUCAGGUGAUUUGAUUCAACUAGGUAGUGCUUGCUUUGGGGGAAGAGGGAGGGGAAGGAGGGAACAGCAUUCCCAGUUUCUGUCAUUAGUUUCAUUGUUAACUUACACCAAGGUCAAUAAGGAUACAUGUGUAUUGGGUGGUUUAUGUAAAUGGGAGAGAAGAGUCCUGGAGUCUGGGCUUUAAUUUAUCUACCUCAUUUUUCCCCCCUUUGUAGUUUGUAGUAUCUAUUUUUCUAUAAAUAUGACCACUGAACAAAACUGUUUGUUCCCAUGCACUAACAGAUGGCGAACUGAUAUAUGGUGGGAGCAACUGAACUUGGAUGACUUUUUGUCCCUCUUGUAUAUGUUAUUAAAAAAAUUGCAAAGUUAAAGAUUAAACAUGACUAUAAAGUGACUCUUGGAAGGGAAGAAAGGAAACCCUUAGUUUUAAGGGAAAAAAUAUUUAGUGCUAUCCCUUAACUGUAGAAAGUCCAGAAACUGAAUGUGGAUCAAAAUUGCUCUUAAUUUGUAUAAAUAGGAUUGUGUACCUGAUCAUUCUUGCAUAUGAUCUUUUUGCCAAGUUGUGCCUUCCUUUCCUCCUGAAUCUUUGAGAGAACACAACAGUAUUUGUUUACACUGUGAAGGGAUAUUGUUACAAAAAAAAAAAAAAGAUACCAAAGGCAUGUCUUUGUCAAGCUUCUUUCUGGCUUGUUGAAUGUAUGACCUGAGGAGAAAUUGUCAUUUUGUGUACCUGCUGAUGUGUUUAUGUUGGAUUUUUUUUUUUUUUUUUUGAAAAUAAACUUGGGAUGGCUUUUUCAUGUA